GUCCAAACACCUUGUCCUGAACAACACAAUGCCUGAUGCGGUUUGACCACCAGUCUCAAGCCAAGUUUGACAAGCCUGCAGUCAUUUCUUAACAGACAGCCUAGAACUGCAGAAAAUGAGAGAAGUGGCAGUUAUUGGAGCUGGGGCUAGCGGCCUUACCGCUAUCAAAUGCUGUCUAGACGAGGGCCUUGUACCCACGUGUUUCGAGAGAACAGACAGCAUAGGAGGCUUAUGGAAUUACACGGAUGAUGUGAGGGAUGAUCAGGCAUGCGUGAUGAAGUCGACAGUAAUAAACACCAGCAAGGAGAUGAUGUGCUACAGCGACUUCCCCAUCCCUGAAGAAUUUCCCAUAUACAUGCACAACAAGUACGUCAAACGCUACUUCGAAAUGUACACAGCCAACUUCCAACUCGACAAAUACAUACAGUUUAAUACUGAGGUUUUAUCUGUAAAACCUGCUAAGGAUUUCGACACCAAUGGACGAUGGGUAAUCUGUACCCGCAACAAUAAGACAAAUAAUACGGUCACGAAGACGUUUGAUGCGGUGCUGGUUUGUACUGGCCAUCAUGCUAGUCCUAAUAAACCAGAGUUUCCGGGGAUUUCAAAAUUUAAAGGCAAAGUCAUUCACUCACACGAUUACAAAACCCAGAACGAAUAUACUGAAAAAAAGGUUAUUGUCAUUGGAAUCGGUAACUCUGGCGGCGACGUUGCUGUGGAACUCAGUCACGUGGCAUCUCAAGUACUUCUCAGUACUAGACGUGGUAGCUGGGUGCUGAACCGUAUAGGCCCCAAUGGAGUCCCCAUUGACAUGACAUUUUCCAGGUUCCUAGUUUUCCUUAGCAAAAAUGUCUUCCCUGCUAGUAUAAUGGAAUCAUUAGCUCGAUCGCAAUUGAAUCGGAGAUUCGAUCAUGCAGCCUACUCUUUACAACCCAAGCAUUCGUUCUUUUCACAACAUCCAAUGGUUAACGACGCCCUUCCAAAUCGUAUAGCCAGCGGAUCUCUUAAAGUCAAGACCGACAUCAAGUGUUUCACAGAAACUGGUGCUGAAUUCACAGAUGGAACAAAAGAAGACGAUGUCGAUGCGGUGAUUCUCGCGACUGGCUACAAAUUCGGAUUUCCUUUUAUUGAUAAAUCCGUCAUUGAUGUACAGGAUAACCGCAUUGAGUUGUACAAAUACAUGUUCCCACCUAACCUUAAAAAACCGACAAUUUGUAUCAUUGGGUGUGUACAGCCUAUUGGUGCCCUUAUGCCCAUCUCGGAACUUCAGUGUCGGCUUGCUACAAGAGUGUUCAAGGGUGACGUCACAUUGCCGCCUGCAGAAGAGAUGUGGACCGACAUCAGGCGGAAGGAGGAGAGGAUGCGAAAAGUCUAUGUAAAAUCAAUUCGUCACACAAUUCAAGUAGACUGGGUCCCGUUCAUGGACGAACUGGCUACACUUAAUGGCUGUAAACCAAAUCUUGCUAUGUUGUUGCUGAAGGACAGACAGCUGGCGAUGAAAUGUAUUUUCGGACCGUGUACUCCUUACCAGUUCAGACUCGAGGGACCCGGCAAAUGGGGCGGUGCAAGAGAUGCAAUCUUCACACAAAUGGAUCGCACAAUGAACUCGCUCAAAACGAGACCGUUAGGCAUAGAACCCAAGUCGUCAGGAGGAGGCAACUUCUACGUGUUGUUGUUCGUCGUGGUACUACUGCUUGCCAUCAUAUAUAACCUGUUUUGGUAGACAACUUUUGUGUAUGUUUUUGCAGUCUUUGAUGUACAGAGACCAUAUGUUUAAGAUGUUUUGUUUACCACAGCAAAACAAUAAGUUUCUAUACUAAUCAGGUUUAUAUAUUAUGAAUGAAACAUAUACGUUUUCUGUGUAAUCUGUUCUAUUCUUUUCUCAUACUUUUUGAUGUUGUAUGUAUAGCAAUGAGAUACAUGACCUGCUAGAAAGUCAUUUUUAUCAGAGAGCAUGUUACUGCUGAUAUAUAAUGUAUGCUGAUGUUUUCUUUUUUAUUUAAGAAUUCGAACAAAAACUAAACUAGUGUUUGAUCAAAAUUACGGCACCCUCUAAUUAUAUUGUCUAUACCUUCACGACUUCUACAUGAACAUAAAGUGAAGUUUUUGCUGGGUGUAUGCCGUGUUCAUGACUUUAUUGAUGUGAUGUUUAUGACUUUUAUGAUUUUUAUGAUAGAUUUUAAGACAACACAAGAACCCAUUUAAUUGUAAUUCACAUCACAUAUAUUUUACUAGUAUCACGUGAUACCACAAACUUGUUUAUUCAAUAUAUUUUUUACAUUUUUAAAAAAAUUAUUCCGAUAUUGACACGGUUAAGAAUAUACGCAUGUACUUUACUAAACGUGUUUGGAAAUCAUUCAAUAUUGAAAACGAUGAUAUUAAUUCAAUUUGAUGAGCUAGUGACCUUAUCUUGUUUUCUGAUAAUUCGUCCAUUUUGGAUUUUCCUCAGAUAAUUUCACCAUUCAGGCCCUUGGCAUCAGUUUUGAGUGCUAGAAGGACGAAACAGCUGUAUGGUACUGUAACUAACUCUAAACGUUGCAUUGAAAGGUGCUAUUUUCUUAUAGAUAUACUUCCUUGACGUUUCACCGGAUGUAAGAAAAUAUUCGAUAUUAAUUGAAUUCCAACAUAAUAUCUUGGACUUUUGUGUACCUAUACACUUUAUUGUUGAUAGCUGUACUUAUAAACUUAAAAAGUAGGUGCACUUAUUAACUUAAAAAGGGCGAUUUAUGUGACGUUUUCAAGAAAUUUCGGUUGUGAACUAUCCGUUUUGCCGGCGUAGUUGACUGCAUUACACGUUUGAUAAAUAUCAACAAUUUCAUUGUUUUCUGGUUGGUAAGGUAAUUCUCUGGAGUAUAAAAGUCUUUGGUAUAUUUGAACUGAAUUUUUCACAAAAUACCACCACAAAUCACAAAUUUCAGAUUCGUUGAUGUCUACUUUGUGGACCACUUUCCCUGAUUUUAGGACCAGCAAACAAAUAUUUCAAUUUGUUUCUUGAUCUGGGGAAAAACUGGUUAUUUAAGUGACAAUUGCAAAAGUUCAAAUACGGAGAUUAUUUCUUGCCAUAUUUUAAGCAUACCUCAUAGAAUUACUAGCUGAACCCACGGAUUACAAAGGGCCAUGCUACCAGGUUAAAUAUGUGUUGAAGACUGUUUUCACUUCACCCUAAUGAAGUUUUACAGGAACAACCCAUAGCUUUUCCAGCAGUCCUAUUUCAGGACUUCAGGAAUUUUUAACCUACUGCUGUUUGAUAUAAGACAUAGGAACGGAUAGAUAAGCAGUCCUAUGAAUCCAUUUUUUGUUGUAAAUUGUCGCCUUAUUAAUACGUAUGAUAGGGAUUGAAUAGACGACGUCGUUGAUGAUAAGUACAAUUGAUCAAAAGGUCAUAUACAAAAGAUCAGUGACAAUCUCAUAUUAAAUUAUCAGAAAUUUUCCGUAAAAGCCAGAUGACAGUGAACAACCCCAUUGGAAAUAUGGUAGUCAGCUGAAAUUAUUUUGAUGUCUGAAAUGCCUAAUUAAUGUUCGAAUCUAUUUACUUCAUUAAGAUAUUUAACAAAACAAAAUGUACGAUAUUGGAAGCAUUUUUGUAAGUUGAAUGAAGAAAUAAAGAAAUUGCAACGUGU